CUACCAUCUAUUUUCAUAUCUAUGUCUCGUUCAAGUCAACAAAAAUGCCGUUACGCGACUAACGCAUGGCCGAAAGUUGCCAGUGGAUCAACUGACGUUUUUGAAAGUAAAUUCGAUUUAGCCGCAAGUAUUGAACAGGAACACGCAUUAACAUUAACUCAAUUCGGCGCACCCAUUCCCCUCUACCUCAACCAUAACGAAGAAUUUCAACCAAUUCAAACCG